AUGGCACCCGUCGCUGAAGUGCAGUCGCAGUUUGCUGCUGCUCCAACUCCCGUGCCUACAAAGGCCGCUGCCAACAUUCCCAAGGCCAACGAGGCGGUUGCCAACACCGAAUCAUACCCCCGCGCGCCACUUCAACUUAGCGGCAUCCUCGACAAAUACGAGCACUUUGACGUCACGCCUGUCAUCGGUCGCGAGUUUCCCACGGUCCAGCUCAAGGACCUUAUCAACGCUCCCAACGCUGAUGACCUUCUUCGAGAGCUCGCCAUCAUCAUCUCUCGCCGUGGCGUUGUCUUCUUCCGUGGCCAGGAUAUCACUGCCGACGAACAGAAGGCAUUGACCGAUCGCCUCGGUCACCUUGCCGGCAAGCCUGCUUCAAGCGGUCUACACAUCCACCCUAUCUACAACGCAGAGAGGGAUCAAAAGUACAACGCCGUCGAUGACAAGGGAACGCAGAACAAGGACAACAGCAUUUCCGUCAUCUCCUCCAACCUUCGAAAGUCAUUUGAUCAGCGCCUGACUAACGCUGAAGAAUGGCACAGCGACAUCACUUUUGAGCCGGUUCCCUCGGACUACACGAGCUUGAAGGUUCACACACUGCCCGCCACUGGUGGUGACACGCUCUGGUCGAGUGGUUACGAGAUCUACGACCUCUUGUCUCCUCAGCUCAGGGCAUUUGCCGACACGCUCGUCGGCCGCUUUGCCCAGCCGCACUUCAAUGCUGCUGCCGAGCGUGGUGGCUUCCGCGUUCACCCCGGCCCACGAGGUUCGCCCGACAACGUCGGAGAGAAGCUUGAAGCGUUCCACCCUUUCAUCCGCACCAAUCCCGUCACAGGCUGGAACAGCGUCUUCGGCCUGGGAACUCACUUCCAGGAAAUUGAGAAUCUGACGACCAAGGAAUCAAAUCUGCUCAAACAAUACAUCCUCGACCUCGUCACGUCGAGCCAUACCGCCCAGGUCCGUUUCAGAUGGCAGAAGGAUGACUUGGCAAUCUGGGACAACAGAUCCGUCUACCACGCCGCUACACCCGACUACGAUGGACUCGGAGACCGAGCGGGCGUCCGUGCCGUUUCGCUGGGCGAGCGUCCCUACCACGACCCUAAUUCGCGAUCCCGCCGCGAUGAGCUUGGUGUUGGCAGAUUGAUUUAA